AUGGGGCAGCUGUUGGCAACGAUGGGCCGGUGCGAGGAAGCGGAGUCCGUGCUGAAACUAUGCAGUUCGUUGGACGGUUCGCAUUCCAAGGACCCUGUAAAUCACGAGACCAGCAGGGUGUCGGCACUGGUCACGCUGGGCAAACUGCACGCCGACCGUGGCAGGUACUCGGACGCGGUGCAGGCUUACAAGCACGCUGUCGCCAUACUGCCACCGUACUACAACUCUCGGGUACUGUUCAGUUUGUACGGCGACGCGUUGGCGCAACUCAACAGACACAGAGAAGCCGAAAUGUGGCACAAGGCGGCACUGGAAGUCGGGCCCGACCAUGUUCCGGCGCACUUGAGUUACGGGAAAUGGCUGGCAAAAAACGUGAGUUGA